UUGGUCUUGUGCUGCUACGCGGCACCAGCGAUUUUGAUAGACCUGACAGAUGUCGGUUGAAUGGGGCUCAAGAUUGAAGAGCCGGAGAUCCUUAUAUAACAUCGAAAGGGAGGUAAUUUCAAAGGACAACUUCCACGAACAGGAAGACAAGGACAAGCACUUUGCCGGCUUGCAAGACGAAGUCACAGACAAGAAACUUCGGCAGGUCUGGAGUGAUUUGAGCGGCCUUUGGCUUGUGCACAGCAAAAUGGCCAAGUGGGAGGAGCCCUUUGACGAACGACGUUGGGGCCUCCUGCCCAGGUCAAAAGAGUCUGGUGAGAGCGUGCUGGCCAGGCACGACAUCGGAGCUUACUGCUGCAAAGGCUGCAAGGAUUCGGAGGACCUCACUCCGGGGCAAGACAACUUUAGCUGCUCACGCUUGGCAGGUGGCUUUCGUCUGCACUGCAUCGCUGAUGGCCAUGGUCCCGGUGGCCACUGGGUCUCAGAUCGCGUGGUGCGGAUCCUACCCUAUUUUUUAAGUUCCAGGGACUGCCGGCGGCUGCUGUGCCGCGGCGAAGUGGCCACCGCCUUGAAAUGCGCUUUCGAACGGAUGCAGGCAGAUCUCAUUUCAGCCUCAGAGGUGGAUGGCAUCAGUUUGCUUUAUGCGGGCACCACUGCUAUCUGCAUCUUGCGGCAAAUCCACAGCUCGGUGGUUUGGGUCGCCUGUGUGGGCGAUUCUCGGGUCAUUCAUUUGUCCGGAGAUGGACGAGUGACGUUUUCAACGACUGAUCACAAACCCUCCGACCCCGUGGAGCGCGAACGUGUGCUGAAACAUGGCUGCGAAAUCACUGUGAGCGUAGCUGGAAAUGGCGAGGAGUUGGAAAAGAUCUGCGUGGUGGGAGAAGUUGGACGUGCGCCGGAGUUGGGCUUCACCCGAUCUCUGGGGGAUCUUUGGUACAAGAGCUAUGGCGUGACGGCUGAGCCGGAUAUUUUUAAGCUGGAGAAGGAGUUGGGAGAUGGUUCCGGGCACUUCCUGCUUGCCAGCGAUGGUGUGUGGGAGUUCUUGAACAAUGAAGAUGUUUCCAAGAUCGUCCAUAGCUGCUUGCAGCAAGGGAUGCCAAAGGAAUUGAUUGUGAAAGAGGUGGCAAAGGUUGCCAAAGCAAAGUGGAAGGAAGAGGAUGACUAUUGUGAUGAUAUUUCUCUCAUCCUGGUGCCAACGGCACAGAAAACUAGCUCUCCUCCGGCACCUGAUGACAGUUGCCUUGGAGGCUUGAUCUACUGUUCUGAGGAAUGUAGAGGACGUUUGGACAAACUUUUUGGUUAGUGAAGCCCAAAGCUUUUGGCUUCGCAACCGAUUCGCUGAAAUCCUUCGGCGCGCGGCCGUGGUUUUCACCUCCUAUCCCUCAGCAGCAUGGGAAAAUUCCACGAGAGGAGGAUGGCGCAGGCAGAAAAA